UCCUCCCAGUAAAAAGUGCCACAUGACCUGUCAAGUAGGAAGUAGCGAGGUAGCGAGCAGCAACAGCAGCAGCGACCAGAAUCGCAAGAAGAAGAAGACGUGGUGGAAGCUGUGAAAGUCUCAUUCUCGACGUUUUUCAGCAGAUACGUGUCCCCUGUCGGAGCAGAAAGAGCGAUACGUCGGCCGCAGUCAUGUACCUGAAGGUGGUGUUUUUCACUGUAGUUGUGGCUCUGAGUGGCGCAUCAGCCGCAGCAGACUCAGAUGACUGUUCCUCUCUGUCGUGUGCUUCAUGUGGAGUCAAUAGUACUGACUGCAAGUGGGUUAGCUGCACACCAGCAUCAACUGUCAGCUGUCGCAACACAACUCUUCUGGGGCAAAGCGAGAACUGCAGCCAUGUUAACUGCUCGGUCUUGACUCCUACACCCUCUGCGGCUACUUCCCCUCCUGCCACAGCACCCCCUUCCCCUGUUGUCACCAGCAGCCCUCUGCCCACCGCAGACAAUACAACCACUAUUCCCAGUAUUGCCCCGACUUCCUCUGGAAACGUCUCAUCCUCCACGGCUCCAUCCACUGCUUCAACUGGAUCCAGCACAACGGUUGCACCCUCUCCCGCCCCUCACAAGAACACCUUCGACGCUGCGAGCUUCAUCGGUGGAAUAGUGCUGGUCCUGGGCCUGCAGGCCGUGAUCUUCUUCCUUUACAAGUUCUGCAAGUCCAAGGACCGCAACUACCACACCCUUUGAAGCAGCCGCAAUAUUUGAACCACAUCACUCGACCUAUCCCCGUCACCAACUAGAACCUUCCAGAGAGGACUCCCCACUCGGCACGCGCUCAUCACGGCGGACUCAAACAGUGUUUUCUAGCAGGUUUUCUAGAUCUUUGAUGUUUGUGCCAGUGCUGGUUUAGGCCUGCGUUAAACCCUGCUGUUGUAUUACGUGUUAAGGCACACACACACACACACCUGUGUAUAUGAUAGCUCAACUUCUACUAAACAGCUCUGAAGUAAUAUGGCAUGUUAAGCCUUAAUCAUAUGUAUUACAUCAUCUACUCCCACCUGCAUCGAGACGUUAGUUUUUCCAGCGAAGUGAGGGUGCUCAUGUUAUUUUCCUCAAUUAUACACAUGACGGUCAAGGAAUUAGUCAUGUACACAGAGUUGCUUUCCUGUUGAUGCUUGGGAGUAGCACGGCUGCAAACUGGCAGCAUUUACAUAAUGUUUUGGAUUUGGAAACACUGUUUGAGUUCACAGCUAUUGUUAAACGUGACGACUGUGAUGAUUCAGUAUUGCUUUUUAGCCUGUUGAAUCGUGGGCAGGCUCCCUCUUCCCCCAUGCAGCUGUGUCAUGUUUAUGUGUUCGUAGAUGAUGUCAAAGAGGUGGGGUUAUUUACGAGGGAAUAAAAGCAACACCCAAUUAUCUGAUGUCACACCAAAAAAAAAGAAGAAGAAAGAAAUAGCGAUCCCUCUGGUGAAAAGUCUUAUUUUGGGUGUCUCCCUUGGCAUUUAGGAGUGCUGUGCGUCUUCUUGCUGUUGAUUUCCCUCGGGGAAAUCUUUCACCCAAUACCAGUUGUAAAAAAAAAAAAAAAAGAAGACAAAUCAGCUGCCAGUAGAGCAGCUCAAUGCAAUAAGUCCCGUAUCAAGUUAAUUUCCCAUCCUUUAAACUCCCAACUGUUAUUUCUGAUCUUCACCGACAUCGAAACGUACCCACUCGGGCUGCUAAUGUUGAGCUGGCCCCUUAGCCCCCAUUUCUGUGGGGAAGUCGGAAAGGGCCCGUGGGUCAAAAUGAAAGAUUGUAGAUUAUUUCAGAAAUCUUAAUUUGUUUUAAAUAUUGUAUAAUAAUAUAGAGAAUGGGGGAGAUAGAGAAAAUGGCAUGCACCUUCUUGAUGUGGACAGUGAUAGCAGUGAAGUGCCUUUAAUGUCCAGUAUGACUUAAAGAGAGAAAUGGAAGAGUGUGAAUCUUCUUGGUUGAGACCCAAGUGUUAUCAUUAGUUUGUUUUAAGAAAGAAAAUGGUAUCGCUGUGCUGAUAUAGGUGAGAACCGUAGUAUCCCAGCUGGACUGAAGAGCCUUUUAUUGUGAAGAAUACAGUAGAUAGGUUGCCAUUUGAGGGCCUUGAUCAGUCAAGAUUGAAGUUUUCCCUAUAAAUAGAGGACUAUAUUCAGUACAUGAAACCUAUGGUCUUCUCACUGGUGACUUUGUAUAAAUAAUUUAAAGGCUCUCUCCCUUUUUUGUAGCGCCCAACACUGCUCCCAAAUUUCCUCCCUCCUCACCCUUUAUGUUUCAGUACUUCGUUGUAAAUUGUGUUGAAUUUUCAAAACGUGAACAAUGAGCUGGCAGGAACUUUUGGACCGCUGUUUGGUGCUUUUAAAUCAGGGAAUGUAACUUUAAACAAAAAGCAAAAAUAUUGGGCGUAGCUUAAUAAACUUGAGUAUUGUAGAGAGUGCAUUGAGGUAAAAAUGUUGGACUGUUUGAGUGCUUGUUUGGCCAAAUGAGCAUUGCACCUCGGGUUUCUGACUUUGCCGUGUAAAUGAGAGGAUUGUGAAUGAAGUGCAGAACCGCAGCAACGAAGCGGCCGUACGAGAGCUCAUGUCAAGUUCUCUUAUUAGCUUGCUGCUAACUGUGUGGUUUAUUUUUCCCCCCAUUUUAUCCCUCCUGUACAUAGCCAUGUCCUGUUUCUGUUUUCUUUAACUUGAGGAAUGGCUAAAUGAAGGAGUGUUUAUCAGUACAUUUUGCUCGUAGCGGCUUGUCAGUGUCAGAAAUGUUUUGUUAAAUGCCUUUUUUAUUUUUUAUUUUAUUGCAUGCUGGAUGCUUGGAGUUGUGAUUUUCCUCCCAUUGCAUAUGCUCUUAAGGAUUUAGACACUUAAAAACCACUUGAUUUAUUUGUGAUUAGCCCAUAUGCUAGAUGAAAGAAUGCCUUGAAACAGUGUGCAUUGAGCCAAAGUCCUCAGUUUUGGCAUGAAAAUUGAGCAUUGCACUGACGAGCUUUGUUUUGUAACUUUCUCUUUAUAAAAGUUUCACGGUUCAGCCAAAAGAAUUCAGAUGCUUGCAUAAAUACUCAGUCUUGAUUAUUAACUACAUAAUGGAUGAAUAAUCAUUGCUUUGUAUGACCCAGGAACAGUUAAGAAAUCCAUGAGUGCUGAUGUGUUUUUUCUUCUUUUCGUUUUGGCUUUUUGUAAUUUAGGUUGACACGUCUCCUGCUGCUCGCCAUUAACACGCCUUUUUAACCUAGUCACCUGGUGGCAUUAGGCUACAGCCCAAAGACCCGACUACAACGAGAAGGCUCCAGAGUUUUGCCUUAGCUGCACCCAUUUGUUCAUUCUCUGCAUGCAGUCGCCCAAAAUUUUUGAGAAAUAUUUGAUAUUUCCGUAACAGCUGUUGAGGGGCAUGCCGUGUGAGUCCAGUCAGAAAGCGCUCUGCUUUCGACGCGGAAGCUGCAUUCCUUAAGAACACAGCGGCGCAUGUCGACGUCGUGGUGCGUCAAAACACAGUAGAUGUCCAUUGUGUUGCCUCUCCGCAGCUUCCUCUACAAGUUACUAACUCAGUCCGUGCACCUCCUUAAGGAAAAGUGCCUUAUUCAGUUAAUAUCCAUAUAAAGUUGUAGUUUGUUAUAAACGAUAUGCCACACCUAUUACAUAUCAAUGGGACUCAGCAAUUUUAGACCCAUUGGUUUUCUGUGUUGUAUUCCUGCUUAAAUGUCUGUUUAGUCAUGCUCGGCCUUAACUUCUUGAUCAAACCCGCAGAGCGUUUGCUGGUGAUGGGAUGUCCAGGUAAAUACCAGGCUUCUUUUGUUUGUUAAAUGUAUUUUGUACCUAAAGGUUGGCAUUUAAGUGUCUAUAUUUCAACCAAUCACACAAUAGAAUUAUAGGUGUUUAAAUGUGGCUGAAAUGGCUACAACAAGCUUAUGAAGCCUGGUUAUAGCCCGGACAACUUCACACCAGCACAUUGUGAUAAAAACAGCUGCAACGUUUGCUCCAAACGGCCGCAUGAUGACUUGAAGUUCACUUUGGUUGUAAUUUUCAACUGUUGUAUUAAAUUACUUGUUUUUUUUUUUGUCCAGUAGGAUUUUAAAUUUGCUUGGUCAUGGAGGUCUCUUCUGUUUUCAGCCUCUCAGUGUUCAAGAUGUCCAAGAGCAACGAGUAAAAAAUCCUUUCGAUUCCCUCCUCUUUGCCUCGUGGCUUUAUUUCUAUGUGCACACACUGCAGUGCCAUCUUUUACCUUUUGUGUUGGAGGUCAUCAGUCCUGUAGGUACGAUAUUGUUUAGGCUUUGCUCCCACCCCACUUUGACAGCCAUAUGUACACUUGCAGGUGCCACAAAGCCUCCUGAAAUGUUGUUUUGCUUAUUUUGUGCUCCUUUUUUCCCCCUCCUCCUCCUCCUCCUGCUCUCAAACCUUUUUAUUUUGUGCCUUGUUUUCUAGUGUUGCCUUUUUAGUUUCACGAUGUAAAGCCAAUAAAGUUUGAAUAUUGUUAAACAAA